AUGUUUCCUGUUUUGAGCAAUCAAGUCAACUCAAAUUCAACUAAUUUCUCCACACCAGGUACGAAAGGUGAUAGUAAGAGAAUGAUGAGAACAUUACAAGCUGUUUAUCAUCCAAGAAAUCAAUACAUCUUGCAUAUGGAUCUUGAAGCUCCACCUCGAGAAAGAUUGGAGUUAACAAUGGCUGUUAAAAACGAUCCAACUUUUUCUGAAGUUGAGAAUGUUAGAGUCAUGGCUCAGUCUAAUUUGGUGACAUAUAAGGGCCCCACAAUGAUAGCAACGACCCUUCAAGCUAUUGCUAUUUUGUUGAAGGAGAGUUUGAAUUGGGAUUGGUUUAUAAAUCUUAGUGCUUCUGAUUAUCCUCUUGUGACACAAGAUGAUCUACUUCAUGUUUUCUCUAAUUUGUCAAGAACUCUCAACUUCAUCGAACACACAAAGCUUUCAGGAUGGAAAUUAAAUCAAAGGGCAAAGCCGAUUAUUGUGGACCCCGGUCUUUAUUUGUCAAAGAAAUCGGAUCUUGCAAUCACUUCACAAAGAAGAUCUCUUCCUACAUCUUUUAAAUUGUUCACUGGCUCCGCAUGGGUAAUGCUAACAAGAUCAUUUGUGGAAUAUUGCAUUUGGGGAUACGAUAAUUUUCCAAGAACUAUCUUAAUGUACUACACAAACUUUGUGUCUUCACCCGAAGGCUAUUUCCACACAGUCAUUUGCAACACCGAAGAGUUCACAAAAACCGCAAUAAGUCACGACCUUCAUUACAUCGCAUGGGACACGCCUCCAAAGCAACACCCGCGUUACUUAACCAUUAAAGACUUUGAAAAAAUGGUGAAUAGUAGCGCGCCAUUUGCAAGAAAAUUUCAAAAAGAUGAUGUGGUUCUUGACAAGAUUGAUCAAGAACUUUUGGGUCGAACCCAUCGGUUCGGUCGUGGUGCGUGGUGCGUCGGUGGCUCGGACCGUGGCUCGGACCCGUGUGCGGUUCGUGGUGAUGAUUCGGUUUUUAGCCCGGGAAAGGGUGCGGUGAGGUUGAAUGAGUUGUUUGUGGAGCUUUUGUCGGAUGAUUUUGGAAGUAAAACGUGUCCUUCGUGAAGAGGGGGUAGAUUUUGGGAAAGUGUACAUUGUUUUUUAUAGAUUGAA